AUGGACAGCGACUCCGAUACCGUGGAUGGCCAGUACUAUCCAACUCUCCACAGCCCCUACCUCUGUUCGAUCAGCGGAUAUCCGUCCAGAGGAGUUGAACUUCCUAAGCGUGUCCCGCGCUCAACUCGUUUCACCGAUCCAGAUGAUUUUGUCCAUCAUGUUUACAGUGAUCUCGUCGUGCAAAUGGACGAUUGGAUUUGGGAGCUAGAUGACAUACAAGAGUCCGUCAGAUCCCGGAAGUUUUUCACUGGAGACACCCCUGAGGUGCACCCUUUUUCUGAUACUGCAAUCCGGAACUCUGGUCUAGAUGAUGGCCUCAACGCGGAAGAACGUCCGGUGUUUGAGCCAGAGAAAUAUGUUACAGAACAUUUUGCUUUUGCCACUGAUCAUAGGGUGGACUGGGGCCUUGAUCAUGACAGGGUCCACUACGGUCAGGACAGCAUCGCCAAGCCUACUGACGACGAGAUGGAUAAUCGCUAUGAUGCGCCUACGGAUGACGAUGUCGUACCCGAUCUAGCUCUCCCAAACGACCAAGUCGACAAGGCAGAGAAUGGAGACGACUACAACGACGUGGGCUAUGCUAAGUUGGAUGCGGCCAUAAACGAAGAAUGGGGGCGGCUCAAGCGGAUCCAAGAGCAAAUCGAGAAGGUGAAGAGCUCGCUCGAGAAGGUUGGGGACUUCCACCGCUUCUUGCCUGACAAGCCUCCCCGUCCGAUAUCAGCUGCGGCCUGA